UUUACAUCCAACACUCCACGUAGACGCAUGUUUGAGUACACCAGUGCCAAUAGCUUGAAUAGGUCCACAGUUUCAUUCAUGUGAAUAGGGCCUACAGUUAGAUUCUAGUUGGCCUAGGCUACGUCUACGGUGUUCAGUUUCAUCAUCGUACGUGAGAGAGGGAUAGGAACUGGUCUGCGACCAUGGGGGCAGGUGGGCCGAGCUCAGGUCCGGGCACAGCCAAUCCACUCAAGAUUUUUGCCAAUAUUUUCAUUGCGUUUAUUGGUGCCGGUGUCCUAGGUCUCCCGUAUGCUUUCAAAGAGGCUGGCCUCCUAGAAAGCUCUGUUAUCAUGGCUGUUGUUGGAGUCAUCAGCGUCAAAGCUAUGCUGUUACUAGUAGAUUGCAAGUACCGUAUUUUGGAGGGUCGAAAGAAGGAAGAGAAUGGCAUCCUGCUGAAGGAUGGAAACCAUUAUGCAGAAACAUCGUUCCGAUCCGAUGACCAGCAAGACCUUCUACGCUGUGAAGAACAGCUUAACACAGAGAUCAAGUAUCGUGUGCCGUCAAGAGUGGAUAUGGAGCUCUCAUAUGGAGAUGUCGGUUUCGAGGCUGUGGGACCCCCAGGCCGGCUACUGGUCGACUUUGCUGUUGUUCUCUCUCAGAUAGGUUUCUGCUGUGCAUACCUGAUUUUUAUCUGCAAGAAUUUGUCAGACUUCGUUCCCUCUGUGAACAUGGGUCAGUGGCUGCUUAUCCUGCUGCCUCCUCUUAGUCUGUUGACACUUUUGAGACAUCUAAGCAGUUUAGCUAUCACCAGUCUGAUGGCUCAGUGUUCGAACCUCUUUGCCUUUGGAGUGGUGUUCUGGUUUGACUUUGAACAUUUCCACCUUGUCAAAAUGCAUCCUCGAGAAAUCUCACUAGAAAACCUCCCCUUCUUCUUUGUUAUUGCCAUCUAUUGCUAUGAGGGUGCUGGACUCAUCCUGUCUCUGGAAAGUUCUGUAGCCAAAGAAGUUCGCCAUCAUUUCACCAGGUACUUUGUAACCACAAUGGUAAUUGUGACCAGCCUCUACAUAGCAUUUGGUGUCUGCGGAUACCUGUCAUUUGGACCAGAAACCAAUCAGAUUAUCACGUUAAAUCUUCCGAAAGGGGCUGGUUUGAACUUCAGCGUCCUGGUCAAAUCGUGCCUGUGUGUGGCUUUGUUCUGCACUUAUCCAGUGAUGAUGUACCCUGUUAUGCAAAUACUUGAGAGAUAUUUCAUCCACGACGCUGCAAAGUCCAUGUGGAAAGGCAAUGUCCUGAGAGGCUUCAUGGUGCUCCUGACCGGCUUGAUUGUCCUGAUCAUCCCCAACUUUGCUGACCUCAUGGCUCUGGUGGGUGCCUCCUGCUGUACUCUGCUGGCUUUCAUUCUACCUGGUGUGUUCCACAUGAACCUCUUUAAAGGUGAUCUCACAAGGAAACAAAGGAUGUUUGAUUAUCUGCUGAUUGGCCUUGGUGUUCUAGGCACGGUUCUGGGCCUAUGGGACGCCAUGCAGCGCGUGGGAAAGUCUGAUGAGAAGGUGGUGUCAUUGAUGGGCACCGAGGAAACACCUAGCGGGACCUUGGACAUUACCACUCGAGCGUCGAAUAUCUCACUGGUCACGGAAAGGGUCACGCAGGAAGUGGUUCAGGUGGCCAAGGAUUUAACCGUAGCAACGGUCAAGACCUUGACAGAUAUUCCAUCUUUACCUCUUGCUUCAAAUGCCAAUACAGGGGGCUCGCAUCAGUUGGCCACUUCCACCGUUUCCACCCUUUCCUCGUUACUGAAAAACGACAAAGGAGUAAGCUAAUGUUGGGAAAGUUUUAGUACUGUGUAUAUAUAUAUAAUCUAUAUUAUAGUUAACAUAAUAUGUUGAGGAAGAAAGAAUGAGAACAGUGUCUUGGUGUGAGCAUAUUGGCUGAUGUGAUGCUGACUGAUAUAUAUAUAUGCAACUGACUUUUUACAAUGUUAUGGUUGAGAGUCAUAAACCGUUACAAUCAGAAUACAAGUGCCCAAGUUAUAUUUUCUUUUGAGGAUUUUGUAGGAUUGAUUCCUAAGGCCAAAGUUUCAUUUAUGACUAGUGCAUAAAAGACUAAUAGGUCUAAAUAUUGUUUUUUAACAGUUUCCAAUGAAACAGUCGUUCAACCUUCGGGCUCCAGAUAUUAUAAUCCUAUGCUUUAUCUAUGAUAACUAACUCAACCACCCCAUAAAGUGAUUUGCGCUUUUGUGGCUGCAUCAACGGUAUAGGCUUCGCGUGAGCUAAGUUGCUGUGACUUCUUAAUGAUAAGACCUAUCUGCAUUGUCCAAAUCUGGAUGAAUAUGAAAUAUUACUCCUUUUAGUUUGGAGGCAUCCUUUCUUAUUUUUUUCCUCUAUAUUUUUUUUAAGUUAAUCCAUUGUUUACUAAGGCCCUUGCCAGAAAACUACUCCCCAGGUACUGGGCAUUUACUUGUUCUCCAGCAAAUGAACCAGCAAAAACCUGGGGUAGCUUCAGUACGACACUUGUAGCUUCAGUUAUUCAAAAAGAAACAAGCUGGUCCACUCUCAACCCUAUACCCUCUUGCUUCCCUGUCUUGACACACACAGGUUGAAUUUUCUCACCUCUCAUUUCAUGCUGUAAAGCUUCUCGUUCAGAAAAAAAA